CCGGGCCGGGCCGCGGAGCGCGACGGGCGGCGCGGAGCGGCCGCGCCCGGGCAGGAGCCGCCGCCGGCGGGAGCGCAGCGGAGGCGGGCGGGCCGCGCCAUGCGGCUGUGCGGGGCGCUGCUCAAGAGCCCCAUCCCCAAGCAGAUCGAGUACUACUCGCGCUUCUCCCCCUCGCCGCUCUCCAUCAAGCAGUUCCUCGACUUCGGUCGUGACAAUGCCUGCGAGAAGACUUCGUACAUGUUCCUGCGGAAGGAGCUUCCUGUGCGACUGGCAAACACCAUGAGGGAAGUCAAUUUGCUGCCUGAUAAUUUACUGAACAGGCCUUCGGUUGGGCUGGUACAGAGUUGGUAUAUGCAGAGUUUCCUUGAGCUUUUAGAAUAUGAAAAUAAAAGUCCUGAGGAUCCUCAUGUUCUGGAUGACUUUUUAGAUGUUUUAAUUAAAGUCAGGAACAGACACAAUGACGUGGUUCCAACAAUGGCACAAGGGGUGAUUGAAUACAAGGAAAAAUAUGGCUUUGAUCCAUUUGUAAGCAGUAACAUCCAGUAUUUUCUAGAUAGAUUCUACACCAACCGCAUCUCUUUCCGUAUGCUUAUUAACCAACACACACUUCUGUUUGGUGGAGAUAUUAAUCCCGCUCAUCCCAAACAUAUUGGAAGUAUUGAUCCUAAUUGUGAUGUGGCAGAGGUGGUAAAAGAUGCUUAUGAAACAGCUAAGAUGUUAUGUGAACAGUACUAUACAGUAGCACCUGAUCUGGAAGUUGAAGAAUUCAAUGCUAAAGCUCCAAACAAGCCUAUUCAAGUAGUCUAUGUACCUUCUCAUCUGUUUCAUAUGUUAUUUGAAUUAUUCAAGAAUUCAAUGAGAGCUACAGUGGAACUGCAUGAAGGUAAGAAAGAAGCCUAUCCAUCGAUCAAAACCUUAGUCACUUUGGGGAAAGAAGAUCUAUCUAUUAAGAUAAGUGACCAAGGUGGAGGUGUACCUCUAAGAAAAAUAGACAGAUUGUUUAACUACAUGUACUCAACAGCACCCAGGCCCAGUCUGGAGCCCUCGAGGGCUGUGCCUUUGGCUGGGUUUGGCUAUGGAUUGCCAAUUUCUCGUCUGUAUGCAAGGUACUUUCAAGGUGACCUUAAACUCUACUCAAUGGAAGGCGUGGGUUCAGAUGCUGUUAUUUAUUUGAAGGCCCUUUCAAGUGAAUCAUUUGAAAGACUUCCCGUUUUUAAUAAGUCAGCAUGGCGGCACUACAAGACCACACCUGAAGCAGAUGACUGGAGCAAUCCUAGCAGUGAACCAAGGGAUGCUUCUAAAUAUAAAGCUAAUCGAUAAUUUGCCACCUUUUGUCUCUGUUGGAGAUGACCUCUGCAUUCAGUAUAAAGUCUCUGCUUUGUUCCAAAAUCCUUCAAACCACAGUAGCUAAUUACUUCCAAACAAAGACCUAAUCAGGGCAUUGAAAAACACUAAGAACAAAGUGAUGAUUGGGACUUAAAGGAAGGCACUGAGCACGUUUGGUAUGUGAAUCCUAUGUACUUCACCAGAAUAUGCUUGGUUGCUUCAGUCAUGCAUUGACAAAAGGGAUCUCACUGUGAUUGCACUUAGGAACACGAUGUUUUAACAAAAAGUUUGAAGAGGCCAAUUCUUAUUCCAGUGUAAGGAUUGGGAAGAUGUGCAGAAUCCCUUAAAGUGGUGAAUAGUAUCUUGCACAGCAAUACGGUGUAAGAGAAAAAUUCUAACGUAGUUAAAUGUGUGCUUUGAAAAUCCACUGUAUGCGGCAUUUUGUAUUGCACAGUGUCACCCCUAAGAGAAAAUCCCUUGGAGCUCUUCAGAUCUUAUCUCUAGUGAGUUUAUAAAUGCAUAGUUCUAAAAAGGGUUGUGCAGCUUUAAACUGAUGCUUUCUCCAAAUUCCCAAACCCAUUUGUCAUGUGCAUACAAAAGUUGUGUUGUUGUAAGACGGUAGGGUUUCCACUUCUUGGUAUGCACCUUAAUGAUUUUCUUGACACAGAAAUGCAUUUCUAUGCAUUCUUCCUUGUUUUGAGGAAAGCUCCUAAGAAGUUAGAUCAUCUCUCCGGACGAGAAAUUCUGUCAAUACAGGGCAGGGGUAAUUCAAUUUCCUAUUUGCCUAUUGUUUUAGGGGAAUUGGAGUGGGGAGAGAAAUGCUGAGAGGCCAGACAGCCAGUCAUACAAAUGAAUUUGCCUUAAGAGUGUUGGUUGCUUGAAAUCUGAUUAGUUUAAAACCUGUAAAUAGUUUGCAAAGUUAUUUAUACAUUCAGUGUCUGACUACAGUCUGGUAAUCUGAAUUUGUAGUGUAUAUAAAGGUGUUGUACACCAGCUUUUGGAACGUUGUUGGUUUAAGUACAUGAAACUGGAAAUACAGUAGAAAUGGGAGGGACAAAAUGUGGCUGGUACCUGGUUUAAGUUAAAAAAUAUCAAAGAUGAAAAAAAUCCCAAGUAUUUUCCCCUUAAAUUUGUGUUAAGGGUCAUUACUGCCUGUUAGAAAACCGGUCUUACAAAGUCUUUGCCAAAUGCUGUUUCUGAUACUUUGGCCUUUCAGAAAAACCUGUGCAAUUUAGAAGUUCUGGUGAUACAUUAGCUGUGGCAAUAAAAUAGAUGAGUUGUAAGCAGCUCUGAUGCACCCUCAAUUUCUCUUAGGUGUUUUGAUAUUUUUUGGAACGAUAAUAGAGAUUUUAGCACGGAAAAAUGAAACUUGUUUACUAAAAUUGUCCCUUUUGUCCUCCCAGUAUUUAUUUUUAUAAGGAACUGAUUUAUUAGGGAAAUGCUGAAAAAUUCCUAGGUAUUUUAAAAAAGAAAAAGAAUCUUAGUUUGACUUAACAAUAGUACUUUGCACUUCAUAGCACAUGUCAUUGAAGGAUUAUAAAGUGCUUUGAGCAAUAAACUCCAUAGAGCCCCA